AUGUCGGGGUGUCUUAAUGGUGUUCAAGCCAAAAUAAAACAAUAUUUUCCUUCUGCCAUAUAUACUCAUUGUAUGUCUCACAGAUUAAAUUUAGUGGUUCUGGAUAUGUGCAAAGGAAUUAAGAUUGCUCGAAAUGUUUUUAAUAUUUUGGAGUCCCUGUAUGUGCAUUUUUCUCGACCAAGUAACAACGCAAAAUUACUUGAAAUUCAGAAUGAAUUAGGGUUAAAGAAAGGCAAUGUAAUAAGGGUUGGUGAUACGCGAUGGGUUUGUCGAUAUCGAAAUUGCAAUUCAAUGAUAAACAAUUAUUCAGCAAUUUUAAAAUUUUUAAAAAAUGAAAUUGAAGAAGAAGCUGAUAAAGAUGUAGCUGAAGCUAUAGGAAUUAUUAGUCAAAUAACAAAAUGCCAAUUUGUAGUUUUAGUUAUGGUUUUAAGAGAUGUUUUAGGUGUUAUAAAUAUCUUAAGUACAACACUACAAUCAAAGACAGCUACAUUAGGGAAGGCCGAAAUGAUUAUUAAUAGUGUUAUUGAGUCAUUUAAAAACAUGAGAACAGAUAAGUCAUUCUCAGAAUUAUGGUUAAAAAUUAUACAAUUUUGUGAAACAAAUGACAUAUCAAUAGAAGUCUCUCCUCCUGUAACAAAACGGAAAAGAACUCAGCCGACUAAUUUGAUGAAUUUCCAUUUGGAAACCACAACUAGUGCUAAUUUUGAUGAACAAGAUCAAGAUAUGUCAGAAGCAUAUUGGAGGCGUACGGUUUAUUUUCCUAUUAUUGAUACAAUUAUCAAUAAUCUAAAGUUUAGAUUUUCAACUGAAAAUCUUCAGAUGGCUAAAGCUAUUGAAAGUUUUAUGGACAUGGAUUUUGAAAAAAGUCGAUAUUUUAUCCAGCAUUAUAAG